CGGGCGCACUGACGCGGCGGACGCCUGCUUCGCUUUACCGCUCGUGUGUCACAAAGUGUGCGCAUAACAUAAACAAUACAAGUAAAACAUCGGAACUGAGUGCGGACUGUGAGAUACGUUUGGUUCAUGUGCCGCGCUGUUGGGCGGGGGUGCGCGGGGGUGGUUUUGGCGGGAUUCUGUCUGGAGCGAAAGUGCUAGGCACAGGCGCGAGCGCGCCCUGUUUUACAUAACUGAUACUACGAGCUUUCGUAAUUGUUGCGUGAUAACAGUAUACACAUAAUAGCGUAGUAAGGCAGUACUUAUCAAAGGAUGAAGAGUAAGCAACGCGAUUGGGGGAAUACUUUUAACCCGGAUAUACUGCAGGCAACAGGAUGACGUUCAAGUGUGGCUGGCUGGUGUGGCUGGUGCUUGUGUGGGCAGCGGGCGCGCACGGCGGCGAGCCGGUGUUCGAUCCGAGCACGUUGAUGCGAUUGGUGCUGGUGCCUGCGGACGCGGCCACCGGUUCCGUCAUCUACCGUGUCCGCGCUUCCGAUCCCGACUUCGAUUACCCCCUACACUUUGAACUUAUCGGACAGAUGGGCCGUCUGGACGUGGGCAUAGAGACGUUGCCUUGCACGCGAUACAACUCGGUGUGUCAGGCAAACGUGAUCCUACUGCGAAGGCUCGAGCCGGGCCGCUACGUAGAUUUCCGCUUGUCCGUCCGCAACACCAGAGGGCGCAGCUCACGGAUCGCGUGCUCCAUCACGGGCACUAAUGCCACCACACCUAGAGAUACUAUUUUUCCUCAUCAACCGAGCAUUAUAUUAGUGCCUGAGGACACCAAGCGAGGAACGGACUUGGACAUCGUUAUUGCGAGGAAAAAUCCUGUAUCGCCAAAGCCUUUGGAGUUGGAACUUUGGGGAUCUCCCUUAUUUGCAAUCCGACAGAGGCGAGUAUCAACAGAGAAUACCGAAGGCACGAUUUUCCUCGUCGGCCCACUGGACUUUGAGGCUCAGUCUAUGUACCACUUAACACUGUUAGCGGUAGAUCCAUAUGCAGAAGUUGAUAAGGACACAAGAAACAUAGCGGGAUUGGAAGUGGUUGUAGUUGUCCAAGACGUGCAGGAUAUGCCGCCAGUAUUUACAUCAGCGCCUCCUAUAACACAUCUUCCCAGACAAGUAGCGCCUGGAGAUAUGAUAGUUAAAGUGCGCGCUGAGGACGGUGACAAAGGUGCUCCAAGACAGAUUCGGUACGGACUUGUGUCGGAGGGGAAUCCAUUCACGCCGUUCUUCAACAUCAAUGAAACAACAGGUGAGGUAACAUUAGAGCGUCCAGUGGAGGAAAUCGCAGCAAUAUCCCACGCCGGCACGCCGAUAUUACUCACAGUGGUCGCGGAAGAGGUGCGGCUGUCACGGGAGGAGCCCGAGGCCAUGUCUUCCACAGUGCAACUUGCCUUCAUACUCCCCGAACGCGAAAACUCACCACCGUACUUUGAGAAUGAAUUCUACGUUACUUAUUUGGACGAGAAUGCACCUCAAGGUACGGCCCUAACAUUCAACGAUCCAUACAUACCGCAAGUCAAUGACAAUGACGCUGGGAAGAACGGCGUGUUCUCGCUGUCUCUGGUCGGUAACAACGGAACAUUUGAGAUAGCACCAACAGUCGCUGAGAGACAUGCACAAUUCAUCAUCAAAGUGCGAGACAAUACCAUGCUUGAUUUUGAGGCUCGGAAAUCAGUCAUUUUUCAGAUUUUGGCACAAGAGCUUGGUCCAGCAACAAAUUUAUCAGCGACAGCAAAUGUUACAGUUUAUCUUAACGAUGUAAAUGACAAUCCACCUAUUUUUCUGGCGCUAUCUUACGAUGCAGAACUUCCAGAAAAUGUAACAGCCGGUACCAGGGUUGUGCAAGUUGCAGCUGAUGAUGUAGAUACCGGAAUUUAUGGAAAGAUUCAAUAUACUGCCAUUUUAGGAUAUUUAAAUACAUCUCUACACUUAGAUCCUGUGACAGGAUUAAUAACUGUUGCAACGGAUAACCACGGAUUCGAUCGUGAGGCUAUGCCAGAUUUGCAUUUUUUAGUAGAGGCUAGAGAUAAUGAAGGAGUAGGAUUAAGAGUAACAGUGCCAUUAGUUAUUAAGUUAUUAGAUGUAAAUGAUAACCCACCAGAGUUUGAGAGGUCAUUGUAUGAAUUUGUAUUAUCGCCUAGUUUAAAUAAUUUUACAUCAGCAGCAUUUGUAAAGGCAGUUGACAAAGAUGCUGAAUCCCCAAAUAAUGUUGUAAGAUAUGAAAUAAUAGAUGGCAAUAGUGAAAGAAAAUUUGCUAUUAAUGAAGAGACUGGUGAAUUAUAUCUAUUAGAAGCUUUGAAGAGAACGAAAAAACAAAACAGAGAUCGGAAAAAACGACAAGUAGUAGAUGAAGAAGAAAGCGAGGUAUUUGUACUCAUAAUAAGGGCUUAUGACCUCGGGGUUCCAAGACUAUUCUCUUCGACGACAGUCAAAAUAUAUCCACCGGAGAGUAAAACCAGAACAAUGUCUUUUAUAGUUCCAGGAUUAAAUCCUGAUCGACAAAAGUUGGAAGAAGUACUUAGUACUCUUUCAGGUGGAAAAGUAUCUAUAAUUGACAUAAAACCUUACAAAGGAAACAAUGGUGGUACUGAUAUAAAUACGCAGACAUCUAGUCAAGAAAAGAGUGAAGUAAUUGCUGUGGUGCGAAUGUCAGGGAAUACUGCCAUCAACGUGGCUAAGCUUCAGGAGCAAUUAGCUAAAAAUAUGACACUUUAUAGUACUGGGUUUGAAAAUACAUCGACUACUGACAGUGACUCGGGAGUUUACAAAGCAGAAAGCCGAUUACUUUUCUGGUUAUUAAUACUGUUGGCAAUAUUGGUAGCGUUGGUGCUACUUCUACUUAUCUGCUGCUGUAUAUGCGAAGGAUGUCCACUUUAUAUGCCUCCUAGGAAAAGAGUGAUACGUGUCAACUCCACAGAGGACGACGUGCAUUUAGUGGUGCGCGACAAGGAAGUUGGGAGGGAAAACAAGUCGACGCAAAACAUAGAAAGUAAACCAAUACAAGCGACAGAAUGGAGAAGGCGCGAAGCAUGGAGUGCAGAACAGGCUGAUAUUAGGACAAAACCGACACAAUGGAAAUUCAAUAAAAAAAAUUACCGUUCCAGAGAAGCUAUAAAACCUGCGUCUACCCCAGGCGAUAUAAGGCACGAAUUCGUACAAACUGCUGAAGACAACGAUUACAAAUAUGACGAUACUAGGCAAUCUUUCCGAGCAAGGGAUGGUCCAAAUAUCAUAUACACAAAAGAAAUGCAGUUACAACAGUCCUUUUCUAAUAAACACAAAGAAUAUAUCGAUGAUUUAGAAAAUGGCUACGAUCGUAUUGCAACACUUCAUUACCAGCGGAAAGAGCAUGAUAAUGACUCAAUACGCAGACAUGAAAUAGAUCGCGGUUCUGACAUUGAUGUCUUUCCUAAAUCUGAAACUGAUAAGAUGGGCGCUGAGAAUAAAUUAAAACACGAUAAGAAAAAUCAAGCUCCAGGUUCCCAAGGUAGGGAUCAAUACUUUAUUAAAGAGGGAAAUACCGAAAUUUUAAGACUCGUCACACGUGGUAAGAAUGAAGAAGAACAUUAUGUUAAUCUUCCGGCUCAAAGGCCUGUUACUUUGCUUCCAAAAACACAAUAUGUCGUAGUUGAUAAUGGUAAAGAAAUGUUAAUGGAGAGAUUUAUAAGAGAACAAGGCGAAGAAGCUAAACAUAUGAGAGAUAGUAUGAGCAAAGUUGUUACUGAUUUAGAUAAUUAUUCUCAUGAAAUACGUAACCAAAUCGGAAAUGAACAAAAUCAACUGAAUGAUUACACAAACAUUCAUCCGGAUGUCCCAGGUACCGUACCUUUAAAAACGGAUUACCUACAGUCUGCUUUAUUAGAAAUGCAAAACAAAUCGUCAAUUCACCAAGAGUUAUUAGAAUCAUCGCUCAGAAAACAAAAUGAACUACUUCACCAAAUACUGUUAGAGCGAGAAAGAUUGCUACAAAAUCAUGAAACUGCUUCGCAAGUGGAAAAUAAAUUAGAAACACAAAGCUUACCUGGACAUUCGGUUAUCGCUACUCAGACAGAAUGUCACAUUGGAACUCAAACAGAACCUCAACUUCUUACCCCUAUCAGACGUAAAGCAAGAAGUGAUAAUGACUCGUACAGUGAAGAUGAUUCACAAACUGUAAUAGAGGACGAAAAUAAGCAAGUGUUAUGGUUAAAGAGAAAAAAACCGAAAAAGAAAAUUAAGUAUAGAGAUCCACGCCGUAGUAUUAGAGUUUACGAAAUUAAAAGAAAAAUAAAAACACCUAUUAUCGAAGAAAGUGAAGUUUCGCCUUCAUUAGAAAGUGAAAAACAUUUAAAGAUAAGUAAAAGUAACGAAAGGGAGGAACAUGUUAAACAGUAUGGCGACAAAACUAAAAGCACCAUUACUACAUCAAAGAAUGAAACAAUAAGCUCAACAAAAGUAAAACUUACAGAAGGUGACAAAAAGAUAAAAAUAAGAAAAGAUAUUUUAAUGGAAAUUUCCGAUUCUUUAGAUGAAAAAAUUGAUUCAGAUCAGUAUGAUCAAAACUUAUAUUUAAAAAGACAAGCUUCAAAAACUUCGCAACAAAAAAAACCUAAACCCUCAGGCUUUGACCAAGAAAGUAGUCUUAAUUCCCAGAGCAAUAUAAGUUCAGGAACUAAAGAAAGUCGAAACCUUGAGUUUUAUAGGCAUAGUUCGUCAACUGAAGGCAUUAAAAAUUUAGAAGACUCUACAUCCAAAGUUGAUGUCAACCUUGAAGAACCAAUUUAUGAUGCCACUAACAUCCCAACAGCUACUGUUGCUGAACAUAUAACGGAAACUAAUAAAACUACUGAAUGUGCAAAAGCUCCACAAAAAAGUUUGCCCAGGUAUAUGCAAUGGUAUGGAAAAAAAGCAACAUCCAAAUCACAAGUAGGGGAAAAAUCUAUCCCAGACAAACCUAAGAGACUAUCAAAAACUAAAAUUGAUCCCGAUAAACCGGUAGAAAAAGAAAAAUCGAGUCGCUACGGUAAAAUUGGGACGAAAACUAAUCAAAAUGACCCUUUAGAAGCAAAAAAAAACUCCAAAGGAAAAGAAAGUGAAUUUAUACAUCCUCGAAUACUGAAAGAGGGAAGAGUAACUCCUGUUCCUGAAGGACCACUUCCAGAUGUUCACCCGUUACUUCAACAUUCCGAGCAUAGAUUUGAGCAUCAAUACGAGAAUCAAAAUCCACUAUGCUACAUUCAACCAACGCACAUUCCAAAGUACUUAGGAACCCAACCAAAUCUUCCAACACUUCCUCGAAGGCCAUCGUUAGAGCAACAACCUAUCUACGUUAAUCAAGAUGAUAUUAAAAGCACAGAUAAAAUCCAAGAAAUAUCUGAAAGCGCUCUAACACAUAGUAUUUCUAUAUCAGCUAAGUACGACACUGAUAAAAAAUCAACAACCGAAGUUCACGUUUCAAAGAUAAAUAUUGGUGGUGAUGACUUAUCAGAUCCAAAUCAAAGGAAUAAGCCGAAAAUUGAAGACAAUGAUUCUGGAAUAGCUAUGAAUACCUUAUUUCAACAGACCGGCAAUAUCAAGAGGCUACCAAUAACUGAAAAGAAAAGUGUGUUUACAAUAGCCUACGACGAUGUACAAACUAAACAGUUACGACCAGACAGCAGUUCAACGUCAUAUUAAUUUGAUGCAAUAAAAAGUCCAGUGCCUUAUAUGGUUUUGCAAAGUGCCUUCUACCAAUAGAACAUUAACAAUUUGUCCAGUACAUAAUAAUUUUAUUUAAAUUAUGAAUUUGUAAAUAAGUAAUCAUAAGAAAUUAAUUAAACUUAUUUUGAUACAGAAUUACAUCA